UGAAUCAUCAGGGGUGAAGGACAGAGGGAGUUGGUGCUGAAACUAAAAAGGUAACUGAAAACGUCGGGGAGAGAGAGAGAGAGAGAGAGAAACAGCAAGAAAAUGUACAGUUUUCUUGAAAAGCUCGGUUCUCUAGGAAGUAGUCGCUCUGAAACAAUCUCUUCAGUUUCGGAGGACAACAACAACGGAUCAAUGGCCACCAUCAUCGUACCUGAUGUCGUUCCUUCUCCCGUUGAAGACUGUCAACGCCUCCACAAAGCUUUCGAGGGAUUAGGAACGGAUGAGAAGGACUUAAUAAAGGUAUUAGGACACAGAAAUGCAAGCCAAAGGAAGGAAAUUAGAGAGACGUAUCUGCAGCUUUAUAAUCAAUCCCUCAUUGAUGCUCUCCAAUCUGAGCUCUCCGGAGAUUUUAGAAAAGCAAUUGUUUUGUGGACAAUGGAUCCUCCUGAAAGGGAUGCGAAACUGGCGAAUGAGGCCCUGAAAAUGUGUAAGAAAGGCGUUAAAUACCUCAAAAUCAUAAUCGAGAUAGCGUGUGCAACAUCUCCGGACCACUUGAUGGCUGUGAGGCAGGCAUACUGUUCUCUCUUCCAUUGUUCAUUCGAAGAGGACAUUGCAUCCCAUGUUUCUUCCCUUCCUCUUAGAAAGCUACUAGUUGGUCUAGUGAGCUCCUAUAGGUACGAACGAGAGGUUGUGGAUUUAGCUAUUGCCAAUUCGGAGGCAUCGACGCUAAAUGAAGCUAUAAAGACAAAGAAGUUAGAUCAAGACCAUGUUGUAUGGAUACUCAGCGUUCGGAAUUUCUAUCAGCUAAAAGCAACCUUUGAAUGUUAUGAGAAAAACUAUGGAAACGCCAUUGACAAGGACAUUAAGAGCAGUGGGAAGGGUGAUCUGCAAAAUCUAUUGGGAGCAGCCAUUUCUUGCAUAGAAUUAACUGAGAAACAUUUUGCAGUGGUUAUCAAAGAAUCCGUUGCUGGGCUUGGAACCGAUGAAGACUCCCUAACUAGGGGUAUUGUGACUCGAGCUGAAAUCGACAUGGUGAGAAUCAAAGAGCAAUAUCGCCUCCUCUACAAAGGCAGCCUCGACGCCGAUGUGAUUGACGACACGUCGGGAGACUAUAGAGACUUCUUGAUGACCUUACUUGGAAAAGGAAUCUAAUGCAUUCAACGCAUAAGCACCUCUGCUUUCAUGUCUUUGGUGGUGACCUUUAUAGUGGCAUUUGGAGUCAAAAGUUCUAUGGCUGUGUAAGAGAAAUAAAAGGUUGAGACCUUGAGAUUAUGUGAUUAUUCCAAAAUUGGUCAUUUGUAAAGAAUGUUCAAAGGUUUGUUAUUCCUUCAUCAUACUUAGACUUGGAAAAAUUAUUUGCAUGUGUUACUUAAUGGGAACUGCAGAUGAAUCUCAGUAUUACUUGUACAGUUGGUUGCAAUUUAAUGAAUA